AUGGCUCCAGCUAUCGGUAUCGAUCUCGGGACCACGUACUCGUGCGUGGGUAUCUUCCGGGAUGACAGAAUUGAAAUCAUUGCCAACGACCAGGGUAACCGGACCACACCCUCGUUCGUUGCCUUCACAGACACCGAGCGUCUGAUCGGGGAUGCCGCCAAAAAUCAAGUCGCCAUGAACCCCUCCAACACAGUCUUUGACGCCAAGCGUCUCAUUGGCCGCAAAUUCGCCGAUCCUGAGGUCCAAUCCGACAUGAAGCACUUCCCCUUCAAGGUCAUUGACAAGGCGGGAAAGCCAGUCAUCUCCGUUGAGUUCAAGGGCGAAGAGAAGCAGUUCACCCCGGAGGAAAUCUCCUCCAUGGUCCUGACGAAGAUGAGAGAAACUGCCGAGUCCUACCUUGGAGGCACUGUUAACAACGCCGUCGUUACUGUCCCCGCCUAUUUCAACGAUUCCCAGCGUCAAGCUACCAAGGAUGCUGGUCUCAUCGCUGGCCUGAAUGUCCUUCGGAUUAUCAACGAACCCACUGCUGCCGCCAUUGCCUAUGGUCUUGACAAGAAGGCCGAGGGUGAACGCAACGUUCUCAUCUUCGACUUGGGUGGUGGUACCUUUGAUGUCUCCCUCCUCACUAUCGAAGAGGGCAUCUUCGAAGUCAAGUCCACUGCUGGUGACACCCAUCUUGGUGGUGAGGAUUUCGAUAACCGCCUCGUGAACCACUUUGUCAAUGAAUUCAAGCGCAAGCACAAGAAGGAUCUAUCUUCAAAUGCUCGUGCCCUCCGCCGUCUCCGCACUGCCUGCGAACGUGCCAAGCGCACCCUCUCCUCUGCCGCACAGACAUCCAUCGAAAUCGACUCCCUAUACGAGGGCAUUGAUUUCUAUACCUCCAUCACUCGUGCUCGUUUCGAGGAGCUUUGCCAGGACCUCUUCCGCUCCACCAUGGACCCUGUUGAGCGCGUGCUCCGCGAUGCAAAGAUCGAUAAAUCUAGCGUCCAUGAGAUAGUCCUUGUGGGUGGAUCCACCCGUAUCCCCCGCAUCCAGAAGCUUGUAUCCGACUUCUUCAACGGCAAGGAGCCAAACAAGUCCAUCAACCCCGACGAGGCUGUUGCAUAUGGUGCCGCCGUCCAGGCCGCCAUCUUGUCUGGCGACACGACGUCCAAGUCUACCAAUGAAAUCCUUCUCCUUGACGUCGCUCCUCUGUCUGUCGGUAUCGAGACUGCGGGUGGCGUCAUGACCCCACUCAUCAAGAGAAACACCACUAUCCCCACCAAGAAGUCUGAGACGUUCUCCACCUUUGCCGACAACCAGCCAGGCGUGCUCAUCCAGGUCUUUGAGGGUGAACGUGCCCGCACCAAGGAUAACAACCUCCUCGGCAAGUUCGAGCUAACCGGUAUCCCCCCCGCGCCCCGUGGCGUUCCUCAAAUCGAAGUCACCUUUGACGUCGACGCGAACGGUAUCAUGAACGUCUCCGCUCUCGAAAAGGGAACUGGAAAGACCAACAAGAUCGUCAUCACAAAUGACAAGGGCCGUCUCUCCAAGGAGGAGAUCGAGCGCAUGCUUGCCGAGGCCGAGAAGUACAAGGCUGAAGACGAAGCUGAGGCUUCCCGCAUCUCCGCCAAGAACGGUCUAGAAAGCUACGCCUAUUCCCUCCGGAACACCAUCAGCGACUCGAAGGUCGAUGAGAAGCUCGACGCCUCCGACAAGGAGAAGCUGAAGACCGAAAUCGACAAGACUGUCUCUUGGCUCGAUGAGAACCAGACUGCUACCAAGGAGGAGUUUGAGGCGCAGCAGAAGGAGCUUGAAAGUGUUGCCAACCCAAUCAUGAUGAAAUUCUACGGCGCCGGAGGCGAGGGCGGUGCACCAGGUGCCGGAUUCCCUGGCGCUGGUGGACCGGGCGGUUUCCCUGGUGCCGGAGCUAGCGGUGCUCACAGUGGCGGUGACGACGGUCCUACCGUCGAGGAGGUCGACUAA